AUGAAAAGAAAGACGUUUGUCAAGGCAGACGAUAGCUUUAAAGUGAACCCUUUAUUACCUCGUCGAGACAAUCAAGGAAACAAUAACCGAGGAACCAAACGUGGUAGAGACAAUGAUGCUGGCAACGGAGAAAAGUACAAUAAGAGAAAAGCAACAGAAACUGUCGAAAACCUAGAAAGAACAAUGAACUUCCUUAUGCUAAAUGCUUUAUCUGUAACCAAGAAGGUCAUUUGGCAGGCCAAUGUCCCAAGAACGAAAAAGGUUUAUACCCUAAUGGUGGUAGCUGUGCUAUUUGUAAACAAGUCGAUCACUUGGCCAAGGAUUGUCCUGUUACCAAGGAAACAGCAGGCACAACAGCCGUGGGUAUGA